UUCCAGGAAAUUCAGCUGCUGAAGAACCCAUUCUUUCAUGCUUAGAUGAGUUGAAUGUUUAGCACCAAUCUUCCACAAAACCAUCAGCCUGUUACAUUUCAGCCUGGGCAGUGUGUUAUAAGCCAUUCCCCGGCCAACAUGAAUGAAGGGGCCAGCUCUGGAGGAGAGAAACAGGAGCUGAUAUUCAAGAGAGCGAUCUUGCAGGACCAGAACAAGCCAGAAAAUAUGAUCCAAAGGCAACAGGUGAUCCGGCUCACCUAUUUGAUUACAGCCAUGGACCUGACCUGCUUGUUCAUGCAGAUUGGGAUCAUUCCAUACUUGGCAAAGAGCCUGGGAUUGGAUUCAGUUGAAUUUGGCUACCUCCAGACAACCUUUGGCGUUCUACAACUUCUGGGAGGUCCUAUUUUUGGAAGGUUUGCUGACCAGUUUGGCACCCGAGCUGCGUUAACUCUUUCAUAUCUCUCUGGAUCUGCCUUCUUUCUGCUACUGUCCGUCUCCACCAGCGUCCCACUUCUCUUCCUAUCCAGAAUUCCAUCCGUGUUUAUGCAUGGGCUACCAGGUGCUCAGAUGGUCAUUACAGAUCUGACUACUCCUGCUGAGCGUGCAGAUGCAUUAGGGAAGCUUGGACUUUGCUUUGGAGUAGGAAUAAUCAUUGGAUCAUCCCUGGGUGGGACACUCAGCACAAAAUUUGGCACAUACUUUCCGUCGUAUCUUGCGGUAGUGGCAAGUCUCAUAAGUGCAAUGAUAGUUAUGACCUGUAUCCCUGCUCACACCAAACCAAAGUCAGAAGGACAAGCUACGCAGCAGCGCACAUCACAGUCCAGUGUGUUUAGUCUCAAAGAAAUCCUACGCCUGCUGAAGCUUCCGGGAGUAAAGGAAGUGUUCUUAAUCAAGGUCCUUUCCGGACUCCCUACAGGUUUGUUCCUGGUUAUGUUUUCCAUCAUCUCUAUGAAUUUCUUUGGGCUGGAGGCAGCACAGACUGGAUAUCUGAUGUCAUAUUUUGGUGUCCUUCAAAUGGUUGUUCAGGGUCUGGUAAUUGGAAGACUAACUAGUCGUUUUACAGAGAGGACCCUGAUCAUGUUGAGUGUCUUAGUCUUCAGUGGAGUGGGCCUUGCUAUGGCGCUGAUGACCAACGUGUUCCAUUAUUGCAUCAUUGCUCUCCCCAUGGUAUUUGCACUCUGCACUAUGGGCAUCAUUACGGACAGCAUUCUCACCAAGUCCGUCCCUCCUUCUGACACUGGUGCCAUGCUUGGGAUAUGUGCAUCUGUUCCUCCCCUGACACGGACAGUGGGCCCAACACUAGGUGGAAUUUUGUACAAGAUGUUUGGAGUCUCAGCCUUUGGUUAUUUGCAACUGGUUGUCAAUAUAGCUCUGUUUUUGUAUAUUUUUAAGAAUAAAGUACCCCAGAAUGAGGAGAAAGUUCAGUAAUCCAGGCUACAUGUAAAUCUACUUUAUCCACAAAAACUAAAAUGUGCAAUGUUUAUAUAUAGAUUAUAUAUCAGGACUUUUACCUCUAUCACCCCAGAUUGAAAAUAAAAGUAGCU